AUGUCUCAAAAAGCGUAUCAAAGUAUUAUGGAUGCCAACAUUUCAGCUACUUAAUUGUUAUAGGAAGGUAAACAAGAAUAAAAUCAAAAAUAGAAAAGUACAAUUAAGGAUAUUAAAUAUUGAGGAGAAUUGAAACUACUUUGAAACAAGAAAAGGAAGCUCCUACUAUUCCAUUAUCAUAAAUUAAUCAUCUUCUCUCUGUGGUAACCAACAACAUUGGUUGUUUUUAUUAUAUGUAAAUUUCAUUGAUUUUAGUAACAGGGUUGACAAAUUUCAAGCAGCUGAGAAAUAUCUCAAAUAAUCGAUUGAAUAUUUACAAUUAUCCAUUCCAGAUGAAACCUUGCUUAUCACUUUAAUUAACUUAGUUAUUCUCUUUAUCAAAAAUGAAAAAUACUAAGAAGCUAGCAGAUACAUCGAAUAGAGUUUUACUGAAUUGAAUUAAUUGCAAGAUCAAUAACUCAAUCCCAAAAUUAGAUUAUUCUUGGGAGAUCAUUCCUCCAUUAUGACCUUACAAUCAUUAGAAGCCAUCUUACUCUUCUAUAGCGGAUUGACAUUUUAUGAACUAGGAUAAUCUAGCAAUGCUCUCUAAGCAUGGAAAAAAGUGCUUGACAUUUUACAAACGAACACCAAAUCCCCUUAUUACAUUUUGACCAAAUCAAAAAUUCAAAAUUUAGAAGCUGAAAAUGUAGCCAAGAAUAAUAAAGGGAAUCUAUAUUCCAGUCGAUCACAUCUUAAGUCAGAUAGAAUCAAUAAAAUCCUAGAGUAGUAUUCUAAAGAUAAUGAAAAAUAAUAAAAUCAACAAAGUUUUCGUUUAUUGAGUUAGAAAAUCAAAAAAAAAGUAAAUUGAAUAAUAUAAAAAGAUAGGUAAUGAAAUUGGUGAUUAUCAAUAACCUAAAUGGCAGAAUAAAAUUGAACACAAUGAAAAGAAAAUUGAAAUCAAUAAUUACUUUAGUGAUCAAAAGAAAAUACAAUUGCAAAUUAAUGUCAAAGACCUUUUGCAUCAGAAAUCAAUUACUUAGAGAGAUAAAACUAGAGACUUGCCUCUCAGCUCACAUUCUUCCAGUGUCAAUUAACAACUUAACAAAGCAUUAAAAAAGAGGCCAACAUAACACAUUGAAAUUAUUGAAAAGUUGAACAAAACACACAAUGAAAUCUAUAAAAGCUAUUUAGCUCAAAGAAGUAAUAACGGAAGCAAAACCUAACGUGGAGAUUCUAGUAUGUAUUUAUUUUCAAUUAGAUAUUGAUAUCAGAAUCAAAGUAAAUGACAAAAGUAAUCAUUCUUAGAAUACCAUUCUACAUAACAAAAGUCAUGAUAAAAAGUCUGUUGAUCUUAGAGAAUCACCUGAAUUAUGUGGAAGCCCCUAACAGUUUUUUAAUAUGCUCUAAUCUACCUAAAGUGUAAUCAAAAGCCAAUUAAUGAGAUCUGGCAGUUAAGGAAGUGUUUCAUAAACAUCUCCCUUUAGACUAGCAUAAAGUUAGGGAGAAUAACCCAAAAAUACAAAUAAAUUACCUUAUGAUUAUGCCAAGACUCAUAGACCUAUGGUUGAUACUUAUGAUAAAGCCAUUAAAGAAUUAUAUUAGAAUUAAUAUGUCCAAAUUGAAAACAAAAAAUUCAAUCGAAUUUAUGAUUUGGCUUAAAGUGUUAAAAAUAGAAUAUCGACUAUUAAUACAAUGCUAGUCCAAUAAGAAAAAACUUAACAAAUCCUUUAAAAACAAUUUCAAUAAGAGUUCAAUUAAUCAUAAGAUGAAGACAGUUGUGAGACUAUCAUAAGCAUGGACUGAAUUAAGUAAUAUAU